CUACCGCCAAGGGAUUGUGGGUAGUCAGACUGUCAGUGUCCGUCCUUGUGCAGUGCCUUUACCUUAUAGCUAGACAUAACAGAAGUUUGCCAACAUGUACAGACAACUUAUGGGACUUCGGCAGCUUUCCAGGCGAACCAUCACCAGCAGUACACGCAGACAGAUCGCUAACUCUGUCAAGGAAAAGCAAAAAAUGUUCCAAGAGGAUAACGGUAUGCCUAUCCAUCUGAAGGGUGGGUCGAAGGACGCUGUGCUCUACAGAGCCACAAUGACUCUCACUGUGUUUGGGAGUGGAUAUGUCGUUUACGAGCUUCUAACUGCUGCAAUGCCCAAGAAGCCACAGUGACACGGGAUGGGGUGUAUUUAUUUGACGGCACAAUCAUGCAGAUGCUGUAUGUAACUUAUCAACUCCGUGUUGCUCAGAUUUGUAAUCUGGGAAAUUAUUUGUCCUAUCAAUAGUAUGUUUUAUUUUUGAAAUAUUUAUUGAUUGUACAAAUGAUGAGCUGCAAAUAAUAAUAAAAAUGUAUAUCUUGUGAAA